UUCAUUAUCGAAGCCGUCAGGCAGAUCAGACUGAUUCAUUUAGUUUCUAAACGUUUCUAUCUGAUCUUCUCAACCCAACUUCUCAGCUGUCUUCGCCGUUUAUUUUUAGGUUAAAUUCUAAAAUAAAUUCUGAAAGCUGUGGUCGUACAUUCAUGGUUAUGAAACAAUAAGAGGAUCUCCGUCGCCCACGGAGCGCCAAAUCGAACUGAACCAUGUCAGGCGACGUACAACCAAGGAAACGCAAAGAUAAAAAGAAAAAAAAAGAUGAGUUAGGUGUAGAGGAGCCACGAGGGACAGCUGCUGCGCUAGGGGACGGCGAUGUGUUUAUCCAUUCCCAGCAUGAUCAUGGCACUGGAGGCCACUGGUGUGCAAAAAUCAUAUUCUUCUCAUUGCUUGCUGUACUGGUCACCCUUAUUGGAUUAAUUAUACUGGAAAAUAGAGGACUAACUGAAUUGGAAGCAAAUUCUGUAGAGUCACGAUAUUCGGGUGUUCUGGAGGGCUGGCUAGAAGAUGCACCAGAUGAUGAUCAUCAUGAUGCACAUACUCUAGAACUGAACCAUCCUGAUGAUGAUGAAGAUGACCAUGGACAUGAUGAUAAUAAUGAAGAACUUGAACAUGAUCAAGAUGAACAUGAUGAAGAAGAUGAACAUGAUGAAGAAGAUGAACAUGAUGAGGAAGGUGAUAGUGAUGAUGACCAUAAUGAAGAAGAAGAUGAACUAGAUCAGAGUGAGAAUGAUGAUGAUGAAGAUAGUACUGAAGAGCGAGAUGUUGCAGACAGCCAAGAAGAUAAUUAUGAGGAUGACCAAGAAGAAGACCACCAAAGAAAGUACUAUGACGACGAAGGCACCGAAAAUGACGAUGUUGAGAAUGAUGAUGAUGAACUGCAGCAAGUUGAUGAUAGUGAAGAAGCUAAUAAAGGCAUUCAAGCUGACGGCAGCAACGAAGAUUAUGGAAAUGAUAGUACGGAAAAUGAAAUUAAUGAGGAAAAUGAAUUGAAUAAUGAAAGUGAAGAAGGCACUUCUCAGGGCGAAGAACAUGCAGCUGUUGAUGAGGAUGAGGAAGAACACGACGAAGAAGACGAAGAAGAUACAGAAGUAGAAAUAGAAAGGAUUGAGAAAGAAAUCGAUUUAGAACCGAUAUCGACUGAACUACCCGCUCUACCUGAAGAGAACGACGAUGAUAAUGAUAAAGAAGAAGAAGAGUCUACCGAAGAAGAGGCCCAUGAGACGGAGGACGACGGCGUGGCUCCUGAAGACUUGGACGAUGACUUCUUGGAAGACGACACUGAUGAACCGCCCAUUGAACGCAUCACCGCUCCAGUAGGGAAGCCUUUAAUUGAAGUGGAAGAGGAAGACUCCUCCGAGAAGCCUCCAGACACGCUCGCCGACGAGGAGGAAUACGAGAAACAACAGGAGGAGAAGAAACGCGAGGAGGAAAAGGCGUCGACCCACAUGUGGCUGAAGCUGUUUGUGGGCGGCGCGCUGCUGGUCGCCACACACGCGGUCGUACGCCGAGCCACUGCGCCGCGCGACACGCCAGCCGAAGAAGAAAGAAGUGAUAGAGAAGAAACACCUGUUGUAGAUCGUCGAAUGACGUUGAUUCCCGAGGAACUCGUCUCCGUUCCAAGAAUCCCUGUGUCACAAGAUAUAAAUAUCCAAAAAGCUCCGGUAAUAACACAACAAACUCCGCCACAGGAGGAAGACUAUGGGGAAGAUGAUGAAGAUACACAAAUCGAAGAUGAGGAAAUCGAGGUUGUACCGUCUGCUCUAGAUACUGAAGAUAAAGAAUUGUAUAGUGAUGAAGAAGUUGAGGAAAAAGAUAUUGAAGUAAAGAAGGAAGUUCCAAAAUUGAGCGCUCCGAAACCGGAGGAGAAGGUCGAUGAACCUGAACCAGAGCCUGAAGAUGACGACCCUGAUGAUGUGGAGAUAAUCGAUGACGAGCAACUCGAGGAAGAAGUCGAAGAGGAUGAAGAUGAAGAAGAAAUAUCGGAUGUCGAUGAUGCAGAACUGUUGAGUCGAUUGGAAGCAAAGUACGGCCGUCUGCCCGAGCCCGAGAGGCCUGGACAAAAACCUAAAGAUGGCGGUAACAGCGUCGUAGAAGACGAAUGGCCGGGCGAGCCCAGCGAUGCGUUCUGGAGACAGGAGCUAGACUCCGCGGAAGACGACCUCCGCCGGGGAUCGUGGGCGGCGGCGGCGGCGCGGGCGUCGGCCCCCGAGCUGCGAGGCAGCGGCCGCGCGCGAUGGCUCCGCGCCCGGGCCGCAGACCUCACAGCCGAGGCCCGCCGGGACAACAAGCAGCUUGGCCUCGCCAUCGCAGCCUACCUCGACUUGCUCAAAAUGAAUGACAACCUCUCCGAUGACAAAUUGAGACAAGUGUCCGCGAGGGCGCUCGACCGGAUCAUAUUUAGAGGAAAUUAUUUGAGUGCUGAACCAGUAUAUAGAUUACUGAUACGACGGUUUCCAGAUGAAGUUGCCUAUCGAAAUAAUCUAACGAUUUCGCUCCUUAUGGCUAACAGGGCUGAUCUAGCAGAGGAGAUACUCAAAGAAACCCUUAAAAGGUGGCCAAACGACCGAGUCGCUUUAGCACACUACGGAUUCGUUAUGAAAACCCUGAGAAACCGCCUGGAAGAAGCCGUGGAGGCAUUCCAGAAGGCUUUAGAAGACGACUCGGGACCCGCCAACGAGCCACGAUUUUAUUACCACUUAGGCGACGCAUUAUUGUUAUUGGGAAGACCGGCCGAAGCUCACGAAGUUCAUAAAAGAGGAGCAAAGUUAGGACAUUUCUUAUCUCCGGCGCAACGCUCACUGUACAACGUGCCGCGGCUGAAGAGUCGGGCGUGGUGGAACAUCGACGAAACGCCAUACGCGAAACUGGCGAACGCUUUAGAGAAAAAUUGGAAAGAGAUCUUAAAAGAAGGGGAAGCGGCUAAAGCUCUUUACGAGAAAGAGAAAGAGGGAUUGAAAGAGCGAGGCGAUUGGUCGCAGCUAGAUUUAUUUGCGCGGGGGCAAGAGAUACCUAAUAGAUGUAAAAAUGCUCCGGUGACUUGUUCCAUAGUGCGGUCUGAACCCGCGGCGGUAGGCUGUCGCCGGGGACAAAUCAAGUUCAGCGCCAUGGUGGCGGGCACGCACGUCCGGCCGCACGUAGGGCCCACCAACUGCAGGCUCAGAAUGCAUUUAGCUCUCAGCAAUACCAGAAAUACCUUUAUAAGAGUGGACCAAACUGUCAGGCAAUGGCAAACAGGCAAGGUGUUCAUGUUCGACGACAGCUUUGAGCACGAAGUGUGGCACAACGGCACAGGCACCCGCCUGGUGCUAAUCGUGGACGUGUGGCACCCAGACCUCACGCGGGCGGAGCGCCGGCAACUGCCUGCCAUAUGACGCAUGCGGCUAAUGAAUUUGUUACUUAAUCAAACUUAAGUGUUAUGAUUUGUGCAUGUGCGAGUGUAAGUGCAAGUGUUAUGAACUAAUCAGUGCCUGUCCAGAUCGUGUACUUUUAUCAAUAAUCAAAAUGCGAACCGAGCUGUCGGCUGUACAUCUAUCGGCAAACUGUUCGCCUUGGCGGCCUCAAAGUACAUUGCUCAAAGUAAUGCAUUGAGUUAAUAGUGAAAUUGAUAAAAAUAGGUGCUAAAUAAGCUUUUUUUUGUAUUUCCUGUUAAUUAAUAAUGUGUACUGAGGCAACUUUAAUCGUUAAGAUUGUCAUCAUUAUUUUUUUCUUUUUGUUGAUUUAUGCGUGUCAUGAGUGUAGUAUUGUCAUAGCAUUUGUGCUAAGUUGCCCUCCUAUUAUUACAUAUACUGCAUGCAUAUACUGCAUGGUUGACGUUACUUAUUUAAUCAAUUGAAUAUCAUCAACACAUUUUAUCAAUAUGUAGUUUAUAAUAUAAUCUAUUGCAUUUGAGUUUAACAGCAUCAGAACUUUUGGUUAAAAUAUUUAUUUGUGAUAUAUGUAGGUAUUUGGAAUUGUUAUGAUCGAAAUCAUGUCGGAGUGUAACUUUAAGAAUUAUUGUUAUCUAAAUACAGUCUUAAUACUCA